AUGAAAGCUUCGCUACGUAUAUUUUCAUUGGUAAUCCUUGUCUUAUUGUUCGUCGUAACGAUAAACGGUUCAAGCAAAUUUGAUCCGACAGAUCCAUCGACUUGGUCUUCGCAUGAGUUAAAAGAAUGGCUGGCUGAAAAUCGAUUAACCUAUGAGGGAAUUCCCGAGAAGCAUGAAUUAUUGGAACUUGUUAAAUCUAAUUGGUACGAGCUCAAAGAUCGAUCAAAAUCUUCGACUGAAGCUGUUGAAUCUUUUAUUUCAAAAUAUGCUGAUAUUGUAAAAGAAUCAUCUUAUGAAACCGCAGAUCUCACCGAAGAUAAAUACAAUGCGUUUGUUCAGGAAGUUGCCGAUCAAAUCGAAUCCGUUCGACAAACCACCGGCCUUACUGAAGAACAAGUUCAAUCGGCAUUUAGCGGAAUUACAAAGAAGUUAAAGGGAACCAAAGAUGCGGGCAAUAAAAAUUUACAGCGUGCUCUGGAUGAAGUUAAGAGAUCUUACUCAAUGGCCCAGGCAAAUCGGGACGUACUCAUUCAAGAAACCACAAAUCGAGUACAAGACGAUCUCCUCAAAUCCGACCAAGUUUCUCAGGAAACAGUUGAUUGGUUUAAGGAUCAAAUCAGUAAAAUGAAUGAACAAGCAAGUUUUUCGAAGGCACGAACUGAAACUCAAGUAUCAUUGAUUUUGCAAGGAAUUCAAGAACAACUUACCAAACGCAAAAUUGUCGCUGCAAAUCAAAUUAGUUCCACCAACGAAAAAUUGUAUAAUUCUGUUAAACCAUCAAUCGAGAGUACCUUGGAAAGGUUGGGUCUUGAUCUUAAUAAAAAAUUUGGUGGAGCUUCAGACUACGUUGUUGAUGAAUUGCGAUCUCAAUUUUCUAGCGUUAACGAUUAUCGUUUACUCACUCAAGAAAAGAUUCAGAAUGCUGUUGACGCUAUUGGACAAAAACUUUCAAAUGGAAAGAAUAUGACCGUUGAACAACUCCAACAAAUUAAACAAUCCGUCUAUAAAUAUUUCGGUUUUGUCAAGCACUAUUACGAUAGUGCAACCGGUCAAGCAAGACAAACUGCUUUCGAAACAAAGGAAGCUCAACAAGCACGAUUAAAUAAUCUUAUUGAUAGCAUUCGAUCUUAUUUUAGUGACGCCAGUAACAAAAGUAGCGAACAAGUAUCCAAAAUGAUAAAAAAUGCACAGGAAAAUAUAUCGGCGACUCAACAACUUACUGCGGAACAAUCCAAGAUCUUAUCCGAUACUAUUCAGGAACAGUUUGGUAACGUUAAAGAUUCUCGUGACCUUACCGAGGAAAAAAUGAAUUCCUUCGUAGAAACGUUAAAAAGUCGAUUCGCUAGCGUUCGUGAUUACGCGGCUGAUACUUAUGACUCGGCUUCCAAGAAGGUUGAAGAAGGGUACGAUGUUGCUCAAAACAAAGUUUCGACUGGUGCCGAAAAUGUUGCUGACCGAUUUGGAGAGACUUAUAAGAACGUUAAAGAUCAAUUUGCACCACCACAUCAUAAAGAUGAAUUAUAA